UGAUUGAAAUAAAAAAAGCAAAAGGUCUCAGAUGAAGCUGCUGCAUCUUGGAUUCAGCAAUGAAUUAGAUAAUUUUUUAUUAUUAUUUUUAGAAUGCAGUGACGGUAGCUUCGACCUUUAGAGUUUAGACUAUAUCACAGAUAAUCGCUGAGAAGAACAAUUUUGAUUUGAAUUGUUUGGAUGCCAGGUCCUGCCUGGCGCCUGAUUAUUCCUUUUAUUGCAGUACAAUGAAUAUUUUAAUAUUUUCAUUGGUGGAAACACCACAUUUUAUCAUUGUACUGGCGGUUAUGAUUGGUUUAACUUUGCUAAGUAUGUAUCUGUUCAGGGGUCAGACCAUGUUCUCUCAGUCGGUGGUGUGGUGGGGCACGCAGGACGCCGUCAGACUCCACCUCGAGCCGCUACACGUGCCCUUCUCACUGGACGUCCUCAGUGACGGUCCUACGACGCAGCCAGCGGACGGCACCGCGUCACGCCCACCCGCGGUUCGCUGCCUGCUGAAGACUGAGAAGCCAUGUCGGCUCCGACUGCUGUGGCGGGUGCCGUUCUCGGCCCUCAGUCACCUGCUGAACAGGAUCACCGCCGGGGACGCCCUGCUGUACGGCUGCCAGACGACCAGCUAUGAGGCUGGGGAGCAUACUGUAGAGGCCGCUGGCGGUGGAACGGAAACAUCUGAGCCCCCACAGACUGAACCAAGAGUGGCCGAAUCGGUGACUCGGGAAGAUCCCCAGAAGGACGGGGCUGCACCACGGAGCAGCGGUAGCAGGGCGGCGUCCGCUCCACAAAGAAGUCAUUACCCUCUGGUGUCGGUGAUAGAAACUACAGCUGUGCCAGAGAGCCCCAGUUCUGUGGUGGCCCUGGUGGCCGUAAUUCACAUAAGGGACCGUGUCGUCUCGAUGGGGACCUCUGUACUCCACCGGUAUGUCCGGCAGGCAGACGGACGCGUUACUCUGCUUCAGCCUCUGUACUCGUCUGGCGUCGAGGAUCCCCCGGAGGACCUCGGCCCCGCUCCACCGUCCGGCCGACCGCAGAGCCCGCCCGGCUCGCUGGGUGUCUGCUGCGUGUGUCGCUGCGAGCCGGCUGAGGUGGUACUCCUGCCCUGCCGACACGGCUGUGUGUGCAGCGAUUGUUUCCGACGGACAGAGACCUGCCCGCUGUGCCGGGGACGGGUGGCGCAGUACUUCACCGUACCACCGGCUGGCCAGGAGGGAGAGAGGGGACGUCUGGUAGAGGAGAGAGGAGGCCCGGUGGAGGAGCGAGGAUGAUCAGCGGACCCAGUGGACGCGCAAUGAGUGCCCACGCUCAGAGUGAAUAUGCUCGGAGGGAUUGAGUAGCUGAGCCGUGCUAAGAAGCUUUACAAUGAUGCUAUGAGUGUUUAGGACCCAUAGGACGGUAACGAGUUCAACAUCCGUUCUGCCUUACCCCUCGGAGGUUGAUCAUUACUGGUUAUAGGCACUAAAAAGUCCUGGUGGUUGCUCUAGCUGUAGGGCGAUAGCCGAGCCUGGGGCCAUCGAUACCCCCGGUAUACGGGUGUAUUUCCUGUGAUGAUAUCGUCUGUUGUGAUGCUGGUAGCCAGUUCGUAUGGUGAUUGCAUUCCUCGCCGCUGGCUUCACAUUUAGUGAUCGGUUUUGUCAUGUCCCGUGGUCAUUUUGUGGCUUUAUGAUGAGUACCUGACAGACCUCAAUUGGUCUUUGGCUUCGAGCUUGUGAUGAUGUGAAUCGAUCGCUAACGCUGCUCAUAUUUGAGUCUUGCUUUGCAUCCUGUUACAGGAUAUGGAUAUCUUUUCACGGAUAGUGACUGAUAAGUGAUAAUGUCUGUCGACGAUCGGCUAACAGACAUGUUGAUGUGUAAAUUGUUAGACAUGUUGGGGCAUCAAUGGAUAGCAUGCGUAAACUUACUAAAAGCGUUUAUGAAUUGUUAUGUGAUUCGUCGCAAUAUAAUGGUGCAUUUCCGUGA